UGUUUAUUGCAUAAUUCUUACAAUAGAAUGUAAUAAUCGAAGGUGGUUUAUACUUUUAAUUUCAAAAAAUAUGAAUUAGUACACUUAAACAAGAAUAAUAAAAUGGUACAAGUUAACUAAACAUACAAAAUAAUACAAAGUAAUAAAUUAAUAUAAGAAAACUUAAAAAUCAUUCCAAAGGAUCUGGCACAUUUUGUGGAGCUUCUAUUUCUUCAUCUUCAACUUCUAUUAUUUCUUCUGUUAUUAAUAACUGCAUCGCUUCUGGAAACAUACUUGAAGAUUUAAAAUUGGCGUAUUUAGGUUUCAGAUGAGAUAUAUAUGGAUCCGAAGAUAUCAAAGAAUUGUGUAUAAUAUCUUCAUUAUUUUGAAAUCUUCCUGUUUUUCUCGUGUGGCGCUCUCUGGUAUUUCGGAAGUCCUUAUUUCUUGCUUCUGCUGCUUCUUCUGACAAAAUUCCUAUAGGAAGACAAGAAAAAUGUUUGCAUAUGUCUGCGCCAUGUAUCAGCAUUUUGUGUACGCUGGAAGGCAUGUUGUACCAAGGGUAGUGAUGUACAAAGAGUUCAGCAGUCUCCUUGCAGUAUCCACGGAAUCGAUCGAUAUCGACAGCCUUUACAGAAGAUAACACUUGCAAUAGGACUGCGAAGUGUUUUAUCAAAUCAACAUCAAUCUUCGUUAUUUGAGCUGUCUUUUCGUAUUCUCGGAAAAAUCUUCUGGACGAGUUCCCAUCAUUUGUAGUUCCAAAGCCCUGCUUCACAAGAUCAAUCAAAAGUCCCAUCUGUUGUUUGAACUCCGAUUGCACCAUGUUCUUUCGAAACUUCUUAAGGUUCUUGUUUUCGCCUCUUGCACUCCACAUUUCAAAAUCUAAAUUAUACGAAAUGUGUAAAAGACACUCCAUGCUUCGAAUCCACAUAUGGAGUGUUGACAAUCCAUAUUGAUAUACAUCUUCCCGCACAGGUCUUGAAAACAUUUGAGAAAGAUUAUUCAUUUCGCUUGGUUUUGCAAGACAAAUAUUGCAAGUAGCUGCCAGAGGGAGUAUUUGUAAUUAUUGUCGUCACUUUCCCAUCAAUCAUUGUCAUGUGUAGCUCAUGAGUAACUUCCAAGUUUCCGCAACUUGAAACAGUAAAAUUUUGUAUUCCUUUCUUCAUUGCCGCUUGUUCUUGCUUAACAAAGUCAGUUAUUUCCUUCGCAAACUGAAAUUUAAUAGGUCUGCAAUAAAACGUUGAAGAUGACUUUGGAUUAUCCCAAAUAACAAUAUUUUCGGCCUCUAGCUUCAGGGGAACGAGGCUGGUCAUGAACACAAAGGAGUCGUCGAAUUCUGCCAUUUCACUUCUUUGCUUGUAGUUGCUCUGUGCUGAAGAACCAUCAAAUCCCCAUUUACUGGUCAGCUUCAAGCUUCCACUGGAAAUAUUUAAAUCAUCACCCAACACUUGCAAAAUCCUUCGCGUUGUGACAUCUAAAAGUGCUUGUAGUUUCACCUUCGCUCCAUCUUCUGAUAUUAUUAUAUCUCUGGCAUCUGGAUAACACCUUUUCUUAGCUUCUAACAACUUGUGGUAAGACGGAAGCUUCAACUGUUGUGACAAUGCAGACCGUAAAGUGAGGUACUUCCACUUUGAAAGAUCCAAUGAAGUAGUUAGGGCCAAAACUUGAUCUUCCUGCAUAGUCUCUUUUUUUUCGUUCAUAAAUAAAAAUGAUUCGACAACUCCAACCUUUUCAGGCUUCUUCAUAAGAUGAUCGAUGAUGCGAGCAAGAACUUCUUUUCCAUUAGACUUUAGUUUGGUGAUAAAAGCAAAAGUCAGUUCCUCUUCCGGAUAGUCAAGUAAUGUACCCGAUCGCAUUUUCUUCUGCUUGUUUCCUAGGUCUUCAAAUGGCUUUCUUGAUACGAUGUCUGUACAAGUGCUCAUAUCAAUAGUCGCCUUCGAAGUAGAUGCAAAGGGUAAAACAGCUGCUUCUUCUUCUGUGGAACGAUGAAAUUUUCGGCCUCUUCAAAAAUUUCGGAGAGAUUCACGGAUUCGCAUUCAGGCAACUUAAUUCUUGUUUCUAACCAGUUCAUAUGCUUUUUCAUGAAUGUGUUUUGCACCCUGUGUGCUUCGGUCCAUCUACGAUUUAAGUUGAUAGUGAGAGAUCUUGCAAAAUUCUAAAUUUUUUCAGAAUCUUCUUGCGAAAUAUCAAGCAAAAUGCAGUCCAAAAUUGCUUGAUGCAGUCGUUUGUAGUCCUUGAGGUCCCCUUUUCGUAGAAACACGUAAAUAUCCAGGUAAGUACCAAAUCCAGCCAUGAUUAAGUAGGUAGUUUUCUUCAGGUUAAAAUUUCCAGGUAUGUUGACUCUUCAAGAUUUGAAUGUCUAUCGACGCUCUAGCCGGACCUCCCAUCUGUUUUAUUUUAUUUACAAGCACGCAACUAGCAAGGGUCUUAACGAGAAAAAGAGAGCAAUAGAGAAAGAGAUAGCAUUAGUAGAAAAUGAAAGAGAUAGCAAUAUUAGGCAAUGGGAGGGGGAAAUUAGCAGCCAAUACGUCAUUCGGUCACUAACUGCGCUUUAGGUAACAGCGAUAACCACUAAGAAGUAAAAUAUGAAAACAAUUUGUAUCUAUUUUUCGAAAUCAUUUUAAUUUAGGAAAUAAUGCAUUUUAAAGUUUAUAAUAUUGAAAAUAUACGAAAAUUAUGUGACUAUAAAUGAUUAAAAACCUUUAAAUGACACAAAUAGUUAGAAUUAAAAAAUUGAAACUUCUGAUGCCUAUUUCGGCCAAGGCUGCAAGUGCAUGCAAAAGAUUUGAUGAUGAAAUUAAUAAAUAUAUGUAAUACAAUAAUUUACAAAUAGUUUCAUUGAUAACACUUUUAAACAUUUCGAGAAAAAAAAAUAUUUCACUUUUGCUCCAUACAUUUUUUUCUUAAAUAUUUUUUUUUUCGCGAAAAUAUACGAUCACAUGAAAACUGCUAGAACAAAAGUUGAUAAGCGUUCACUUAUCUGUCCGCAUGAAUUUUUCCAGCGCGAAAUAUUAACCUUGGGUCCUAAGACCACUAUAUUCAAAAUCCGGACCACUGUGCGGCGGUUCAUUCCAAUGAUGAGGAUGAAAUAGAAAACGCCUUUACGAUGCUCUCUGAAACUGCCGAUAAAUUGUUCGCAACUGAAACGGCCGUAAGAGAUAUGUGGUGUGAAAGCGAAGAUUUCGACGAAGCUGUUUUUGAGACUGACCAAUAUAAAAGCUUAGAGUACCGGCAGAGAUGGCUAAACCUACAAAAUAGGUACAGGAAACUGGUAAAACCAUCAAUAAGCGACGACGGCUCUACAGUCAAGUCAGUACAUGAGGGUUAUGAAGGUACGUCCAAAAGACGCAUUAAUAUACCAAAAUUGGACCUAGUCAAGUUUGACGGCAACGUAAAAAAUUGGCUACUCUUCUGGGGUCAGUUUAAAAAGAUCCACGAGGAUGCUGAUCUGGACGACAUAGACAAGUUCCAAUUUUUAAUGCAAUCAACAACAGUUAAUUCAAGUGCUCGCCAAUUAGUUGAGACAUAUCCGCCUUCCGGUGAAAACUAUUAUAAGGCUAUAGAAGCGCUUAAGGCACGUUUUGCUCGUGACGAUGUUUUGAUCGAAACCUAUGUGCGAGGUUUACUUAAUCUAGUUCUUAUGAGGCAAAAGGGCCAAACAAGUGACUUAACGUCACUUUAUGAUAAUCUCCAAACGCACUUGCAAGCUUUAGAGACGCUAGGAGUCGCCAAAGAUAAGUAUGCGUCAGUUUUGUUUCCCAUGAUCGAAUCUGCUCUGCUCUGGAAGACAUUCUGA